UGGAGGGACGGGCGGGGAGAGGUGAAAAGAGGUGAGGAGAUCAAGGGCUGCGCAUCCGUGCUGGAGGUGUUGCAAGAGGAGAGCUUUCAACACCCCCCCAGAAACAUCAGCCCACAGACUCCAAGCUCAGGAUUAAACCCACCGAGGAGGGGACAGAACCAUGUUCCAGGCCUCGGAAGCCGCCAGCACAACCCCAUCUCACGAGGCAAAGAGCAACUCAGGAGGCAGCACGGUGCAGCGCUCCAAGUCCUUCAGCCUGAAGGCCCAAGUGAAGGAGAUGUGCACAGCCUGCCAGAAAACCGUCUACCCCAUGGAGCGGCUGGUGGCGGAUAAAUUUGUCUUCCACAACUCCUGCUUCUGCUGCAAGCACUGCCAUGCCAAGCUCAGCCUGGGCAGCUACGCGGCACUCCACGGGGAAUUCUACUGCAAGCCCCACUUCCAGCAGCUCUUCAAGAGUAAAGGCAACUACGACGAGGGCUUUGGGCGCAAGCAGCACAAGGAGCUGUGGGUGCACAAGGAAGUGGAGAGCGGGACCAAGUCGGCAUGAGCAGGGCACGGCCCACCCUUCCCUGGAGCCCAGCAGACAGCACGGAGCAGUGCUGAGCCAGCGCUGACUGAGCUGAUGUAAAGCAAAGGGGACCCAAGCAGUAGGGAAGGGGAGGCAGCUCAGCUUUUCCUGGGGCCUCUGAGGAGUCCUACAGAUGGUAAGGAUGGAGCAGAGGUGAGCGGGGUGCAGCCCCCAGACCCAGAGCCCUCUCUCCCUGAUGAGAUCAGACCAGAAGCGCUUGCCCCCUAUGAAAUCCCAGCCCUGUGCACACAUUCCAGGCCUGCUGCCGUGGGAAAGGAGAUCCGAGGGCUUUGAGAGCCCCAACCCAGCCUAUAAGUCAGAGCAGAGCUCCUGGUACCAAUCCUGCCUUGCUGGGGCUCUGAAUAAGGAUGGUCUUUGGUUUACAUCAGCUCAGUUCAGUUGGGAUUGUUCAGCCUUAAGGAUGUUGCCCUGCGACUGUUUAACAGUGUCUGUCUUUUUUAUAUUUGCCUUCCAUUGGUACGUUCUGCGCUGGAGCCGAGUGCAGCUCCAUGCGUGACACCUCUUUUAUUUUUGUAAUACAAGGUUUCCAAGCCUUC